AUGAAUGCCAGAGGAUCCCAGCCGCAGACACAAGAGCGUCACUCAAGAGACUCGCCGCCGCCGGGCCCGUUUGGAUUCAUCUUCGAUGCCGGCCCAGCGCCGCCACCUGGCCCUUCUCUUCUCGACGACAGCGAGUCGAAUAUGCUGGAUAACUUCUUCACCACACUGAAUACAGGGCAACUCGAUGUGAGGGAUAAUUGGUUCAAUGCUGUCGCUCCGGAUAAGGGAGGAAGUUCAUUUGGGAUGGAUUGGGCAGAAGAACUGCCGCCGAAUUUUGAAGGCUCUGCAACGUCUUUAUCGCAAGCCCCUGCAUUUUCAUACAACAAUGCCGCCAAGGGAACCAAUAGUUUAAUGGGUGGCCUGGGCCCAGACUCAGAUAUACUCGCUGCAGCCUCAAUGCUGUAUGCAAACGGAAUGAGUUCAAACAGCUACCCAACACAGAAUAUCUCCUUUCACAAUGUCCUGGCGGAUCAAAAUGGCUUGAAACAAGAGCAGUCACAUCACCGACUAGAAGGCAUUAAUUCUGCUGGCUCACAUCAGCCGUUGGUUCAACCGCAGCAUACCUCUGUUUUUCACGUCGAUCAACCAGUUCCGGUCGAUCCACAAACGACAACGCAUGUUCGAACGCUUCGCUGGGGUUCGGACGCCGGUUUCGUUGACCAAGGGUAUCUACGGCCAUCAAAUGUGCCAAGCGGGGAACAACAAACUCUAGACUUGCUCGAUACUGUCAAUACUCUUAUUCCCACUCAAUCGACAAGUGCGACAAAUACCAGAGCACCCAGUCCCGCGAGAACGACCGAAAACAUCCGCAGCAACAGCCUAAACGAAUCAAACACAUCUCACUUAACCCCAGACAGUCGUGACAUGGAUAGCCGGGUUCCCCCGAAGAAACGAUUCAAGACGAAAUCUCAAAUAGACGACUACUCUGAUGAAACCGGCACACCACCACGAACAAAGAGGCCCAAAAGCUCAUCUGGAGGCAAAUUUAGAAGAGGCUCUAGUGAAGCCUCGUCCCGGAAACAAACAAACAAACCCACGCGGGAGAAUCUGUCCGAGGAACAAAAACGCACAAAUCAUAUAUUAUCAGAGCAAAAACGACGAAACCUCAUCAAGAACGGGUUUGACGAGCUCUGUUCUCUCGUCCCUGAGCUCCGUGGCGGCGGUUUCAGCAAGAGCGCCAUGUUAAUCCAAGCCGCAGAUUAUCUCGACGAAGUUCUAGAGGGCAACGAGGUCCUCCGACAGCAACUCAACCAGCUAAGAUCGCUGAACGGCUUUUUUAUGCAAAGAUGA